AAUUGUUAAGUGAGCUAAUAUCAACUUGAAGAACAAAGUCUGUCAUAAGUGGACUAUAGUGGAGUUAGCAUUAUCAUUAGUGUAGUUAGCACUAUCAUCAUGGAGUUAGCAUUAUCAUUAGUGGAGUUAGCAAUUCCUAUCUAUAUUAGCAACAGUUUAUUAUGUAAUCUUUCUAUAUAAUCCUCUAUUUUGAGGUAAAUGAUACAAGACAAUUAAGUCUCUCAAUCGUGUUAUACUUAACAUGGUAUCAGAGCAUUUUUGCUCUUGAGACCUAUACCCAUAUUCCGCUGCCAGAAAUACCAAGAGAAGAACUCUGUUCUUCAUCUUACUCAGUAACCAGAAAACAUAUACACAAUACCAAUACCAGAUUCAAAACCAUACCUGUACAUCUAGGCCUGCAAGUCUGCCGGCAUCCUUUGUUGCUUGUCUCUGGGCAUCACCCGUAGAUCGAUAACUUGCCUAAGCCAAGGAUCGACUGCUGCCCAGUACCAGAACCGACGACCUCCACCAGACGCCGCCGGACUUCCAUCGGACCCGUGUCCAAACGUUAUCAGCUUGAUCAACUGCACUUUGGCGCACCCGAACCACCGGCGUUUUCCACUCCGACCUGAGGAGCCCAGACGACAGCAGGGUCUUCUUCAAUUUCUGAAAAGGACUUUGUUGCAUACUCACCAUAUAACCUCUGGGUUCUGCUGCAAUUGCACGCCUGUGAGAGACGAAGAAAAGAAAAAAAAAAAAAAAAAGCUUUUAUUUUUCAGAUUGCACGCCUGUGUGCAUGCCUCUGUUUCCUUUCACUAAAUCCCACUACAAGUUUUUUCUUUUUUCUCUCCACCCACCACUACAACCCACGUCCACUUCUUUACUUUUCCUUUCUCCUUUCUUCUUUACUUUAUUCUUCCUUUUAUCAGAUUUCUCUUCUAUUAUUGAACCAUGGUUCUCAAUGAAGUGUCCGCUGAUUCGGUGCCCGCUAAUUCAUCCCACACAUCAGCACCCAAUCUUGAAGCAUCUUCUCAAUAUAAAGGGCGAUCUUCAUCUAAUGAUCAUGGCCCUAUUGCUCCAGAAAAAUUGGAUAGCACCAAUUUUAUUUCUUGGUCUAAACAUGCCAAGUUGAACAUCACCGGCCGAGGUAAACUUGGCUAUCUCACCGGCAAGAAAACAGCACCAUCUGAAGAAGAAGAUGAGGAGGGUUAUGAAAUUUGGGUUGAAGAAGACAGUCUUGUUCAAGCAUGGCUCCUCAACUCCAUGCACAAGGAUGUCAGAGGAAAUUAUGAAAGCUUGGAGACAGCUAAAGAAAUUUGGAAUGCUGUCAAAACUACUUUUUCAGUAGCUCAAGAUGAUACAAGAAACUAUGAGCUGCAAAUUGCUUCUGUUUCCACUAAACAGAAUGGAGCUCCUCUUCAUGGCUAUUACAGCAAUAUGAAGAAAAUAUGGCAGGAGCUUGACAUUUUGGAUCCUCUCCGGCUCAAGGAUGCAGAGUCUAUUGCUUACAUGGCAGAAAGGGUUAGUAAGCACCGUGUCUACUUCUUCUUGGCAGGUCUUGAUCCACACCUCGAUGGUGUGAGAAGUAGAAUUCUGAACACAAAGCCACUACCCUCUAUUGAAGAGACUUAUUCUCAAGUCAGUGCUGAACAUAACAGACUUCAAAAAAUGAUGUCUGAACAAAUUGUUGAAGGAUCUGCCAUGCACACUCAAUACCGGCCACCACAUGUUCGGAAUUCUCAGUCUUCACCAUCUGCAACCUCUUGGAAAGUUCCCACUCCAGGACCUAUGAAAUGCACUCAUUGUAAAUCUCAGAAACAUACUGUGGAUAAUUGUUUUCAAUUGAAAGGUUAUCCCGAAUGGUGGGAGGAGCAUGUUGCCCGUCGUAAGGAAAUCCAAGCGAAAGAGGCAAAAGGAUAUCGGCCCAAAGGUAAACCUAAGGCGGCCCUUCAGAUUGCCUCAUCAGCUCCGGAAGAACCAACUGAAGGUAAUUGCACUAGUGGCCCUGCCUUCGCUUUCAUGACUAAUUCAGGACAUCCUAACAGGGGAAAUCAUUGGGAGUGGUAUUGAGAAGGGGGGAUUGUACUACAUGGAAAUGACAUCUGCUGGUAAUCGUCGUGUAAGUGAGGUGAAUCAAGUUCAAAGGCAUUCGUCUACCGAAGC